GUAGUGAGUUUCUCAGUGCAAAGAGGGAAAAGAGCUGAGGUUCGACUGAUGCUGGAGUUCUUUCAGAUCUUUCAACAAGAUCUGUGCAGCAAGGACUCUGUACUUUUACCUCUGUGCUCAAACAGAAAGCUGCUAAUUACUAAGGUUGAGAACAAGUAGAGGAAUUUCAGAGCCGCUUAUGGAUUUAAAUAUGGUGUAGUUUUUUCUCUGUGGUGCCCUUUUUUCCCCCACAUUUUCAGGACUUAUAUGGGGAUUUUUGUUUAAACUUGGUUAGUUUUUGUGCAUUACACAUCAGCAUUUUUAAAGUUGUUUUAGGAAUUUUUCUUUACAAAGCAAAGCGUGAUCAAUCAGUUGUGCAGAAGGAUGGCCUUUGCAGACCUCCUUGAACAGGUUGGCAGCACGGGUCGCUUCCAGGUCCUCCAUGUGAUACUCCUCUGCACACCCGUCCUGUUGAUGGCCAGUCACAACCUGCUGCAGAACUUUGUGGCCAUGGUGCCGCCUCAUCACUGCAGCACACAUUCCAACAUGUCUCGGACCCAGCUGAGCCCAGAGGAGAUUCUGCAGAUCACAGUACCACUGAAUGAAGCAGGGAAACCACAGAGUUGCCAGCGAUACGUUGCUCCACAGUGGCACCUCCUGGCUCAGAAUGGUAGUUCCGCUACACAGAUGAAUAAUGGCGUCGUCCUGGAGGGAUGUGUUGAUGGAUGGUCCUACAACAUGACGGAUAUGACCUCCACUAUCAUAUCUGAUUGGCAUUUGGUGUGCGACCUUCGCUCCUUAAAGCAAAUGGGGCAAACCAUUUAUAUGGGCGGUGUGCUUGUGGGGGCUCUUGUCUUCGGAGGCCUUUCAGACAGAUAUGGCCGCCGGAUCCUCCUGCUGAUCUCUAACCUGCUCAUGGCCGUUUCAGGAACGUGUGCUGCUUUCUCCCCUUCCUUUUCCCUCUUCUGUCUGUUCCGGUUUGGCUGUGGCAUGGCUCUGUCCGGCGUGGGACUCAACACCUUCUCACUCAUUGUGGAGUGGAUCCCGACUCGUGUGCGGACAUUCACAGGGACGGCAACCGGCUACUGUUACACUGCGGGGCAGAUGCUUCUGCCAGCCAUUGCCUACUUCAUCACGGACUGGAGGUGGUUGACCCUGACUGUGUCGUUGCCCUUCUACGUGUUCUUUCUUAUUGCAUGGUGGUUUCACGAAUCGUCAAGAUGGCUGGCGAUAAACAAUAAACCUGAACGGGCUGUCAAGAUGCUUAAAAGCGUGGCCAGGUUUAAUGGCCGCCACGAAGAAGGGGAAAAGAUUAAUGUAAAAAUGCUGCAAGAAUGUAUGAACAAAGAACUGUCCUGCUCCCAGGGGACCCACUCUGCCCUUGAUCUGUUCCGCACGCCCAAAAUGCGCAUCAUGACUUUAUGCCUCAGUGCCACCUGGUUAUCAACCAGCUUUGCAUACUACGGCCUUGCUAUGGAUCUCCAGAAAUUUGGGGUGAACAUCUACUUGAUACAAGUGAUCUUUGGAGCGGUCGACAUCCCCGCUAAAGUUGUCAUUACUGUGUGUAUGAGUUUCUUUGGACGCCGGCCGUCACAAUGCGGCGCUCUUGUCGUAGCAGGAGUCACAAUUCUGAUCAACUUACUGGUACCUUAUGACAAACAAACUGUGCGAACCUGUCUGGCGGUGGUGGGCAAAGGCUGUCUGGCUGCAUCCUUCAGCUGCUGCUACCUUUACUCUGGAGAACUUUUCCCGACUAUCAUCCGUCAAAGUGGCAUGGGUUGGGUGUCCAUGACUGCUCGCGUGGGAGCUAUGGUGGCCCCAAUGGUUCAGCUCACUGGGGACUACAUACCUUGGCUGCCAGGUUUAAUCUUCGGAGGAGCUCCAAUUAUCUCAGGGUUUGCUGCAGUUUUUCUUCCGGAGACACUGGGCACACAUCUCCCUGACACAAUACAGGAUGUGGAGGACAGGGGUUCUGGAAGAGGCUCCAAGUGUCCGAGGCCGACAAAGGAAACAACGAUCUUGCAGGACACUAAAGUGGAUCUCCUCAAACAGGCUGCCUGAAAUCCCUGCAUAUAAACCUGGUGGAUGUGUAGACACGUAAAUAAAAAAUGGCGUUUGUACAGUUUGUUUUCUCCAUAACUGCAUAUUAGUUUUCACAGUUUGUUUUGUGUUGUUUUAUCCCGAAAAAUGGAGAAAGAGUGUUAUUUUAAAAAGGUCAGUAAAAUAACCUGAAGGCAUCAGAAAAUCUGAUCUGCAGUAUGUGUGUUGGUGAAACAGUAGCUUUGAGAAAUUCAGCACUUCUUUGCAACAAUCAUGUCUAUAACCCAAAUCUUUGAGUAGAAUGAGUGCAAGGCUGACUAUGUGUUUAUUGGUGCUUUUGUAAAUUUGUUUUGCUUUGUAUGUACCACUUUGUAUUUUUCAAUAAAAGUGAACACA